AGCGUCGCCGGGAUGGCCUGUCUGUCGUCCCACCGUACCCCGUCCACGAGAGACUCUGGCAGCGACAGCAUCACACGAUGGAGCUGCAACGUCGCAGUAUGAUGGGCGAUGCAUUCGGACAAACCUUCGCCCACUUCCCGCACGCGCCGCUCCCGCCAACCACAGUGCUCGCUUUCCCGGACGAAUUGGAACGUGAUAUGCCGAUACCGCCUCCGCCACCACCCCCGAUGAUGCUGCGGCGGCGACUGACGAGCCGGGUGAUUGCAGCCAUUCGCGGGCAAAGACCCGUCACUACGUCGAGUGACAGGCAACAUAUCCACCACCAUAUGCAUCAUUAUAUGCAGAUGCACCCUUCGCCGCCCCAUCUACACAUAUCCAUCCAGCCUUCUUUCAUGGGGACGGCGACUAUGGCGGCGAUGGUGUAUGCGGCGGAAGCGGAGGAGGCAGAGAGUCGAGCGUGGCGUGGGCGUGGGGCUUCGAGCGCGGUCAUAGAGAGCAAUACGUACCGACACGCGUACAGGCCGGCGCCCAGCCACCAGGACGAGAAAUGUACGAUCUGCCUUUCGAUAUUCGAGGUGGACUCAGAUUGCAGGCGCUUGCCAUGUAUGCACCUUUUCCAUAUGGAAUGCGUGGACCAAUGGCUGAGUACGAACAAGCAUUGUCCUAUAUGCCGGGUGGAUAUUGAGACCCAUCUCAAUAAAGAUGCCACUUUUUAAACUACAAGCUGAGGAGCACUGAGGAUGGCUUGUUGCUGCAGUUCCAGACUUUCCUGCUGCAGUUCAUGCGUCAGCUGUUUCUGCAUGUUGCACGACCUGCAACAUUUACACUACUGCCACUAUUAUGUAUAUACACUGAAUAUCAAUUAAGCAUAAGAGUAUUUUUUGUUUUAUAAAGUUUUGUUACUUUUAUCAUUAUUACAAAGUUAGAAGUCAAAAGAAGUGACUAUUGUUGUUUUACAUAUUAAUGUGCAUAUGAAGUAUCAAAUAUAUUAAAGUAAAUAAUAAAUGCAAUCUGUUAAUUUAAAGCACUUAAAACUAAAAAUUGUAAAAUAUCUCAUAAAAAACAUAACUUGCUAUAAUAAACUCAUUUUUUUCUA